AUGCUGCCGUGCCGCCACGUGAAGAGGAGACAAGCAAGCAUUUUUGAGCUGGAGUUGAAGUUAGUUAAGAUGUCGUCGACAUUACGAGCUUCUCAUAUGGCCUCCUUCAAACAAGCCAUCGGUGACCAGCCGUCAAUAUUUGAUAUUAUUUCACAAGAAAGUCUUAUGACGUCACUGAAACCGGCGAUGGGGCAUUUGGUUAAGUUCCUGGCAAUGGUGUAUUCUCAACGAUUCCAAACAGCACAUCGUUAUUAUGAUGAACUUUAUUUACUUUUUGAUCUCAUCCUACAAAAUCAAUACCUCAAAAAGUAUGGUGCAUCAUUUUCGGAAAAUUUUUAUGGAAUGAAACGAAUUUGUUUCAAAACCGGAACUUCACCGAGUGAAUUCAGUUCCAGAGUCCGGAAUCUAAUGCUACUAGUAUUAUGGCCGUAUGUUCGAGAUAAAUUCGAUAAAUUGUACAUACUGAACCGAACAACAGUUCAUUCUCCGUUCCUAUUGUUGGCUGGUGUUCGGUUAGAAAAACUUACACAACAGGAUAUUGAAGCGUUCGACAAGGUUCCAUUGCAUCUACAGUCAGCAGGGUUGGCUCUAUUUUUUCUCUUCGAUUAUAAUUACCUACAACUUUACCUAUACAUCUAUAACUCCAUUUCCUUCGAGGAAAGCCACCCGGUUCUCAACCGUUUAUGGCGAUACUUCCUGGCUCUUCCUGGAGUCUUCUCCCGACUAUUUGGCUAUGGUCUAUUUUUUAUCCAAUUUAUCGACUUCAUAUAUAAUAGUGACCUCGGUUCACAACUAACCAAGAAACCUGCAUUCGGUCGAAUACCUCCAGCUCCUCACAGGCUUCUGACGGAAUCCAGUGUACAAAUGCUCGAUACGAAUAAGUGCCCGUUAUGCCUACAACAGCGAACGAAUGACACAGCAUUGUCGGUGUCCGGAUAUGUUUUCUGUUUCAAAUGCAUCGAAAGACAUGUGAAAGACUUCAAAACGUCAGUUCUCAUUACUUAG